AAGCCAAAUCUUUCACGUCUGGUGGGGGUUUCUAAACCGAGAAUUUGGCGGCGAAUCGAGAAUGACGCUUUCCUGACUCAGAAAGUAGAAGCUAAUCUCCAUUCGGGUUUACUGCUUGACAAGCAUCACAGCGCGCGGCUGAAAGUACGUCUCACGAAACACAACGAGGCCACAUCUCGUCCUCCUCUAAAGAACGACCUGACCGCGAUUCCUCAUCUUUCUGGAACAUCCACUGCAAAUGUCAUGACUCGAGAUACUCAUAGAGUUCAUGAUGACCGAACCGUUGCCAGUGAUGCCGAUGCGUAUGCAGCCUUAUGGGCGACUGCGCAAUUCCCACGACUACCAGAUGAUGCUCCACACGAGCUGAAGAAGAUUACGAUUGAUAUUGAUGAUCCGAGACGAGUAUAUGCCAUCCAUCGCGCAGCCCGAAGACACCAAUUUCAGAUUCUGGUUGAGAGGUAUGUUCAUCAAAUUAGGUAUGGCUGUCAAUCGACAAUCUGCCAAACAUCAACCUGCUUCUCUUGCCGAAAACGCCUUGCCGCCGGCGCUCCCGUCCGAAGAUACAAUUCUACGAGUGCCCGAACUUUGGCUGUAUAUCUUGCCAGCCAGGACAAUCCAGAGCAAGGCUUAUGCCAUCAUAAAAGUGCCGAAGAGCCGCCUACUGGGGGAGACAAGCCACCGAAGUCAAAGCCAUUAUCGGAAGAUGUGACAAGGGAUUCCUCACCACUGCCAGGAUUGAGUAGGAGAACAUCAAGUCGUGAUGCUCGGAUACAUGUAUCCGUUGGCAGCAGCAGUAGCAGCAGCAACAUUGAUGAAAGCUCAAUUCGAGACAAGACGAAGCGGCAGAAAUUAUAUGAAGAUGUGCUUAGACGAGCGAAUGGGCCAGAUUUGACCAUAUUAGAGGAACCAACCACAUUGGAUCAUAAAUCUUUCAUUCAGAAUGUUUUUGGAACCGUCGCUUUUAAAAUGGUCGAAUGGCUUACACCUCGAAAUUUGGAGCUGCUUGUAAGGUCGCAAGAACCCCCAGGAUCGUCAGAGGAGAUCCCAGCCGCAUCUUCUUCACCACGGCCGAAACAAUCUGAAGGUGCUACUAGUCCCCGUAAGAAUGACGAUAGCGAUGGAAGUUCGCCAAAAUUGGAACGGAAGAAUAGUGACAAGUCCAAUCAUCCGAGAUCGAAUAGUCGUUCAUCUGGUCCCAAUGACUUGUCACAGCUCCCACCAUCUGCCAAACCACUUCCAAAGGCUGACACAGAACCAAAGUCCAACCUCUUCGGAACGAAGCCUUCAACGGAAUCUAUUCCGCGAGGAAGCCUGGAUUCAAGUCGACAUAGAAGAUCUUAUGAGUUGCCUGGAGCGCGAGGAAUCCUCAACAAAACCUCGAGACUAUCAGACGUUGCACCGGAUGUGACGCCGUUUCCACCUCAAGGAUUUAUACCCACUCCAAAGCAAAGAUUGUCAAGGCAAUUAAUCACAAGUCCGAAAGUGCAGAUAGCUGAAUUGCCACCUACUUUGCAUGAAAUACCUUUGCCAGCCGGCAGUGUGACAGAGCCCUCGGACUCCACUGAGCACACUCAAGAAGAUACGAUAAGCGAAGACCAACAGAAAGACAGUACGAAACUCUCAGUAACCGAACCUGACAAUAUGUCGUCUCCAAAGAUCAGAUCACGGGUGAUAUCAAUGCCGCAGUCGUUAUCGCGUCUGUCUAUUGAGACCAUAGAGUUUUUGUGCCGAAUAAUGGAGAUGGAAGGACUUUCGGAACGGCACCUCCUUUCUCCUCUCACUAUCCCACACAGACUUACAUCUAACUCUCUUCGUCGUUCCUAUAAAUUAGGAUUACAGACCAUCGAAGAAAUCAUACACAGUGUCGAGCAAUGGCAAUCAUUCAUUAAUCAAGUCUUAUUCGACGUCCUCAGUAAGCCGGAUUCUUUGAUCAAAUCUUUCAGCGACGAUAACGCUGUCCUUUUGGAUACGCAGACAAUUUGGUAUAUGAUGCUCAAAUUGACAAGAGUAGCUCCGUCUAUGGUCCUUGAUAGCCUGUGGAACGCAGCCGGGACAUUGUUUCGACCGCCAGAGACACUUGAGGAAGCUUAUGACUGGCAGCAGGAUGCGGAGCAUCAGCAAUUGCCCGCACAGCAAUCUGUUUCAAAUCACGAUGCAGCUCAAGUCAUAAACAUCUGCCUCCACGCUUUGGUAGCAAUACUCCCGCUUGUCAUCGAUGCGCGUCAGCUUGCCAAUAUGUCACGUAUUCGGUCAUAUGGUCUGGCUAUGCUUGGAAGAGAGUCUGCGUUUCUUGAACCUCUAACGCUGUGCCUUCAAUAUGAAGAUGCUUUUACCAAUGAACUUGCUGUUAGACUCGCUAGACGGAUAUUUUCAGUUAUACCGAUUCGACGACGUUUCACAGAGCUGCUUGAACUCCAGAAAGGCAGUCGCAGUGAAUACAAGCGGGACUUGGAUGUACUGGAAACAGUUUUGGGAACUCUGAAAUACUUGGAUUCGGGCUCGUCGCCAACAAUCAAUUUCACGGAUCAAGAACGAGACAUACACGAAAAGCGUGUCCCGACCUUACUUCUUGACUGGGCUAGAACAGUCAUGUUGCAAGACUGGCAGGGUUCCGCAGAAGUACCAAGUGAUGGGCCAUUUGGGGGCGCGCUAGCAAUGAUGGCUGCGAUCUACAAGAAUCGAAAGUCAUUGCUUUUGGGCGAUAUCCAUUUUCGCACAGAGUACUUUGCGGAGCGGCUGGACCCUAUUGACAUGCCCCUCGAAUGGCUCGAAUUCUGCCCGAACAAGCGAACUGUUCACUUGCUUGAUUAUCCAUAUUUAUUCAACCCCUCAACCCUGGUUACGUACUUCCGAGCAAUCAAUUAUUCGCGCAUGAAUCAAUUCUAUGAAGAGGCCAAAGCUACCAAUGGUCUGAUGUACUCAACUGCGGCCGAAAAUGCCUUGAUGGUUGACAAGAAUCGUCGAGACAGAUUAUACGCACGAAUGCGUACGGCAACAUCAAGAUUCAUGGUUCUCGAGAUCCGUCGUACCAAUGUGCUUGUUGACACUUUCAACUCUAUCUGGAGGCGAGAAGAGCGAGAACUCAUGCGGCCCCUAAAGAUACGACUGGGUGAAGAAGGUGGCGAGGAAGGGCUAGACUCUGGUGGUGUUCAGCAAGAGUUCUUUCGACUUGCAAUUGCAGAGGCUCUUGAUCCCGAUUAUGGAACUUUUACGAUCGACGCAAGGACCAAGAUGACGUGGUUCCAACCUGGUUCUCCUGAACCAUUAUGGAAAUUUGAGCUUAUUGGAAUGAUUAUCUCGCUAGCUGUAUACAAUGGCCUCACCCUACCUGUCACAUUCCCGAAAGCAUUAUACCGGAAGCUUCUCGGAGAAAGCGUGGACGAAUUGCAUCACAUCGCUGACGGCUGGCCUGACUUAACCAACGGCUUGACACAGCUUCUGGAGUGGGAUGAAAAGGAGGGACUAGUGGAAGAUGUGUUUGCACGAACAUACGAAUUUAGCGUGGAACAAUUUGGAGAACCCGUGAGUCGCGAAAUGGGUAAGACCGAUCAUUGGCCACAGUUUUCUGAGUCAAGUGAGACAGCAGAGUCUGCUGAGGCUCCAAUGGUCACUCACGAGAAUCGCAACAGCUAUGUCAGCGACUACAUCCGGUGGCUCACGGAUAUAUCGGUACAACCGCAGUUCGAUGCUUUCAAACGAGGCUUCUUCACCUGCGUAGACCGCCGCUCAAUUACUCUUUUCGAUCCCGAUACCCUCCAAUCAGUCGUCGAAGGAAUCCAAGAAAUCGACAUCUCUGAAAUGCGUCGUACCACCCGCUACAUUGGCUGGGACGCUUCCCAUCACUCUGUCCGAGAUUUCUGGAGCAUAGUCAAGCGUUACGAUCUUGAACAGAAGCGCAAACUCCUCGAAUUUGUGACGGCUAGUGAUCGUGUGCCGGUGGGCGGGAUGCGGAAUCUGCAAUUCACUCUGCAGAGGAACGGAGUGGAUGAUGGUCAUUUACCUAGUAGUUACACAUGCUACGGUAUCUUGUUGCUGCCGGAGUAUUCAAGCAAGGAGGUGCUGAGGGAGAAGUUGGCGAUGGCGUUGGAGAAUUCCAAGGGAUUCGGAUUUGCAUAAGCUAAUGGAAUGGGGGUUCAAUUUCGGGCAAAAUGGCGGAUAUAGGUGGAAAGGCUAGGAUAAAGAAAAGAAGGAGUUGGUGGCCAUUGUCUAAUGUAGAUGAGUGAUGAAUGAAGAUACCAUCUCAUGCAUGUGGCUUAAAGUUUCGCUGGAACAGAAGUCUGGCUAGUCCUGAUUGAUUACCAAGACUUUCAUGUGAGAAGAAACUUUCCUUACUCAAAUAAUAGCUUAUAAUGUUAUUACUUGUUCAGCCUAAAUUCUGUUAUUCCGAUAUGAUCGGUAUUGCUACUUUAUCUGGUUAGUUUAUAGUUAGUCAAUAUCCACCUCCAGGUUCAGACGGGAUUAGCCACCCCGUCGUGCCUGUUACGAAUGUUGGUUAACCUGCAGUGGAACAUGUAGCAGGAUAGAACAUUGUUAUGUUAAAUAAAUUGAAGC